ACAAUAGAUUGGUCGCCAUUUUAUUUCAAACGCGAGUAGAUAUCGGACAGUGUGAAUGGUGAAUUAUGUAUUGAACAUAGAUUGAUCAUGCAAAAUAGCAGCUCACUUUCGACAAGCUGUGAUAUCAAAUCAAAACCUGAUAUUUUUUUGUAGGAUCCGCGGUAUUUCUGAAUAUGAGGUGACCGAUAAUAAUGGGGACAUCAUUAAUUCCCAAUUCGAGUUGCCAGACGAGUGCUGAUCGACACUAAACUUUGUUGCUUAGAGAAAAGGAUAAAAUUCCCUCAUCAAAAUGGCCCGGGGUGUCAACGAAGAGCAAGAGGGUGGGGAAUAUGUCGAGUCGCAAGAUCACGAGGAAACGGAAAAGGGUUAUGGUUACACACAGCCGCUAUGUGGUUACUUGCUUGACACAAAGAUACUGAUAAUCAACAUCAACGCACCUGAUAGGACUGAAGUUUCAUCCUAUUUAAUACAGGACAAUAAAGAAUGUCCGGAGCAGGAAAUUCGAGCCAUCAAGCAUGAAUUGGAAGAGGAACCGGAGAAACAUCCAAUAAUUACUUCUUGGGAAUAUGAUGCUUAUAAAGACACCACCAUCCUUGAUCUCGUCCAAUCGAAAAUGCCUUUCAUGGAAGUUCUGUCUUUUGUAGCUGAACAUUGCCCAAACUUACGAGUUUUAAGGCUUUAUACGAACGUACCAUCAGCGUUUGUAUCAAUGGGUGACCUUCAGAGCCGAUCCACAGAGUUCGACUGUAAACAUGAUAAAAGUGAUGAAAACGAUAUACCUGAACUUCAAGUUUACAUUCGUUUUCGUCAUCAGGAGACUUCUAUUCCAUUUGACGGUCUCUUGAUGAUUGUGUCACUCAUAUUUCCCAACAUAUCUGAUCUUACAAUAUAUGGCGAAGACGAAACCGAGCUAAGGAUCUGGGAUUACUUGUACAUGCCAAAUGUACCAAAAUUGCGCCUUCUCCCGGAAGUUCGUAAGCUGACGUUGAAGCAGUUUAUGGGAUCUAUUAGCCUGCUAAUGCUUUUGAAGUUGGUAAUCUUACAUUUAUCACAUCUACCAUUUCUUCGAAUAAUUAAAUGCAACGUAGGUCUUAAUGUUCAAAUGGGAAGUGAAAUCAAGAAAAUGUUUCAUAAAUCAGAUCUGCGUCACCUGGAAAUAAUUCCAGUGAAUGACAUCUCUUUCUCAUCUCUGUACGAACUGGUAUUCGAGUUUUUCAAUAAUUGCUUGAACAUAAACAACUUCAUUGUACAUAAUGUUAAAGCCACACACAAUAGCUUCAAGCUAUUGAAAUGGACCAAGACAAGGCACGAACUUUAUUUGAAGCAAUCGCCACCCCUGAAGGAUUUCGAAGAUUUAUGUCCAUUAUGAAGAAGUUCCCAUACAUACGUAAACUAGAAGCGGAUGAGUGUGGUUCUUUCGAAAGACCAGAAAUUCUCGAAAUAGUAAGGACUUGUUCAAGUCUGCAAUAUUUCUCUUCUGUGGCAAAUGGCAAGAGAAGUACACUCGCCAUUUCUGAUCACAAUCUGAUGAUGAGAGAAUCUGCUUCAGAGCAAAUCAGCAAGUCAUUCGGCAGGCUGGGAGGGGAAUUAAUUCUUGAAAAGUACGGCGUUACAUUGACUGUUCCAGAAGGGGCAAUAGAGAGAGAAGGGGAGAUUGACAUUGGUCUUCAGGUGUUGACCAAUCCACCAUCGACGCAUUUGCAAGAAGAUGAAAUGGUAUGCAGCUUUGGAUUCCGGUGUACCAUUCCUAAACUACCAGGCUUAAGGUUUGCAAAACCUGUCAAGGUAACAGUUCCGCAUUCUGCAAUCCUUGAGGUUCACCCUUCGGAAGUCCAUGUAGGAAUGUACAGCGGUGAACUGUGGCAUGAUACAGGAGAUGUAGAGAUAAGUACAAUCUCUUACAAUUGGCCGUCAAAGGGGAGUCUUCCGAGGUGCGAGCAGGGAACAAAUGAGAUAUCCGUCUUCAUUGAUCACUUUUCAUUUGGAUGGCCGGUCUUGAAGAUUCGCAAUCCCUUUGAUAGGAAAAAGCACGUGAGAGGCAAGAGGAUGGGAUGUCUGUCCUUCGUACCAAUUCAGAUGCCUCCAACAAGAAAGCCAGUUUUACGGGUACAGCUCUUCGACUACCUUAACGGCAAUCAUGAGGCGAUCAGCAAAGAAGAAUCGGAAUGUGAUUUCCGGAAGGCUCAUCCAAAGUUUGAACUUUGUGUAAAAUCCAACCUAGAUGUGACAUAUCGAAUGGAUGGAAGCACGCCAGAAGACAGAUCAAUGAAUACGCGGGCUAUACUCUACAAGGACCUGAAGAAAAAAAUCAGUGAGUCGGUCACCUUUGCUCUGGAUUUCUCUGAACGCGAAAAACUUUAUGCAUUGGUCAAUUUAUCAUUAACACAGCCGGACCCUGAACAUGCUGAAGAAAGGCAAGAUCAUGAUUUCAACGUCGAUUUUCGAGGUGACUCAAGAGAAAGUUCUUCCUCCGUUACCAGUCGGAGAGGAUCUAAUGACGAAUUUGGCGAGAUAAUCAAGCAAGUAGCACGGGAACUUCAUUCGGAAGAAGAUAUCGACAACCUGGGUAAGGAACUGGAGUUUAACGUACCAGAUAUAUGCCGGUUCAUUAAGCAAAACAGUACAAAUGGCGUUAAUUCAAGAGGCACCCUCAAUAUGCUAAGGACAUGGCGAUCAGGCGUUGAUAAAUCAGAAGAACAAUCGAUUCUUAGGGAUGCUCUACUCCGUGCAGGCCUGAUCAACCUACAAUCCAGGCUUCUUCCAUAGCCCGAAGAUAGGGCCGAACUACCAGAUAGCACUUUCUAGCACUUGACACCUCUUCGCCUAUACAUGUCCUAAAGAAUGUCAAUCACUUAUGGGCAAUUCCACACGUUGGUGAAUUUAAGGUGUAACUAAAAGAAAUGUGCCUAUACGUCAAUUUGUCGAUUUAUUACAAACAUAACUUUACAGAUGCUUUUAUCUUCUAAAGGUGUUUAAAACUUACUAUAGUUUUUUUACCGAUUUCCUUAAAAGAUCUCAAACCAUCAUUAAAAUAGCACAUGUCAGUGUGACUGAGGGGGAAAAAAUUUAAAUUCAAAUUACACAGGGUUUCUUUAGAAUUUUUCCACCAAAAAAAAUCGAUUAAAGGGAAACUAUUUCUAUAUUCAAAAGGUCACUUGAAGCAUUUGUUCUAGGCCCCAGGCGGCGGAAGCGGGGGGGGGGAGGACACGCCCCCCUAAAUUUCAGGUGGAGGGGACAGCCCCCCCAAAAAAAAUGAAAGAGAAGAAGAAAGGAAGGGAG